ACUGUUUUGGAAAUUGAGAAUGUUUUAAAUCCGAAAGUGGAGUUAAGUAAAAUUUGCAAAACGAACUUAAAGUUAGUGUUUUAAUACUAACUAUUCAUUCGUAUUUGCAAAUAAUGCUAAUGUUUGCAACGUAACAUAAGUACAAUAUAUCAAAAGUCUAGCCUCACAAGAAUGUCCGAUAUGCUGGUUCGGAAUUAAACAUGCUUUUAUGAUGUAACAAUCUGGAAUAAAUAUAAACAAAGAAAUAAAAGUUGUGUUUUUUUUGCAUCAGAAAUAAGAAUGACGGCCUUUUCCUGGAAGGGGAUGGUGAUGACAAGUUUCUUGGUGACAGCACUUUCAGCUGCGGUUGAUUACGAGCAAGAGACCGUGAUUGUAAAGAAAUUAUCCGGACACAUCAACAGAAGAAAAAGAUCUGAAGACUAUGAGUUUCCGAAAACGAUGACAUUUGAAUUUAACUUCACAUCCGGUCCAGUGCGCAUGUCCCUCGAGAAAAACCCGCUAUCUAGUGGUAUCACGCCUGUCUACAUAAUCGGCUCGGACAAUGUUGAACUCCACAAGAGAAUGAAUAUGGCACGAUUCUCCGUUUACCAGGACAUUUCGCUAGGAGCAUCCGUGGUUGUCAGACGUCCUGACACAGCGGAGGCAGAGUUUCACCUGUUUGGCUCUUUCGCUAACAAUCGAAAUCAUUACCAGAUAGAACCUGACAUGACGUCAUCUUCUUUAGUAGACCAUGACGUCACGGCUGGUGUUUUACACAGAGUUCGACGACAAGAACUCCCCAGGGGUGUGGAUAGUUUUUUGGGCGACGAGUUGCUGCCACCAGCGGAAAAUAUGGGUUUGAAUAGACCGGAAUCGCCACCGUUUCCGCACAGAUACAAAGGAAAUUAUUCGGUCUUUUCACUCGAGCUCGAUAAGACCGGAAGUAGUCUAGUAGGAGGAACGACAACUCUGUCACAACACAGCGAUAUUCUACUUCCGCCUGACCGGAAGCGAAGACAGGCUUCCCCUUCAGACCGGAGGAGACGACAGGUUUCCCCGUUAUACAUCGAGUAUAUGGCUGUCGUGGAUUACAAAAACAUGGAGAAGUGGAAGGCCAAGGUUGGCGGUGCGACAGAGAAUGAGCAGUUUGACCGGGCGUUCGAGGCAAUGCACGAGUUUUACACGUUCGUAGUCAACGGGAUUGAUGUACGGUUUCAAACUGCGACCGGCGGCGGACAGGCUUUGCGAGUCACCUUGGCCUCCCUGCUCGUCUCUACUGAGGCGGAGACUUCCCCGUGGGUAACAAACAAUAUGAUCGGUUCAAAUGCUGUUGACGAUGCCGGUGUUCUCCUUGAUUUUGCCACGUGGAAAAGCUCUGUGUACCAAUACCUUCCAACACACGAUCAUGCUGGUUUGUUCACUGGGUUUGACAUUUCUACACCGACAUCUAACAACCCAAUUGGUAUGGGUUAUCUGAACUCAGUAUGCCACAGUUCCUGGGCCGUGUCUGAGAUCGAGGAGACCUACAACGCAGUCUCCAUCCAUAUAGCCGCUCACGAGCUGGGUCACAAUAUUGGUACCCGGCAUGAUGGCAGCGGUAACGGAUGUUCCAGCACAGCCCUGUAUCUGAUGGCUCCCCGCCUUCCAAUCAUCACCGCCGCAUCAAUGAAAAACAAUCCGUGGACGUUUUCUUCCUGCUCGCAAACCGCCAUCAACAGCUAUAUAGCGGGACUGGGAAGUUCCAACUGCCUCACCAAUGUUCCCGGAAGUUCCUCCCUCGCGGGCGGGAUGCCGGGCCUCGUGUAUUCCGCGGACCAGCAGUGUAACAUGACGUUUGGCCAGGACGCCGUAGUAUGCCGGGACAACCUGUACUACCAGCUAGACUCCAUUUGCUACGCCAUGCAGUGCAAGAAGAAGGGAAGUAACUCCUGCGAGGGACAGUUCUUUCCCUUUGACGGAACUCCAUGUGGCAAUAAAAAGUGGUGCCAGUCCGGAUCUUGUGUCUACUCCGUCGACGCACCAGCCCGUGAUGAAACGUGCGUUUUUGGAGACGAUCCGAAUGUGGACUGCACCUCUAGCAGUGCCUGCAGUAACGCUGACUUCUACACUAGUAAAGUACGCUGUUGUUCCACGUGUAGAGUAACAACUACUACAACAACAACAACAACUACUACUACUACUGCUGCACCAACUACAACCACUAUGCCAUCGACAACAUUUACUGGAACAUCACAAACAACUGCCUCAAAGACAACAGUGCAACAGACAACAACAACAACUGCUGCACAGACAACAACAACUGCUGCACAGACAACAACAACUGCUGCACAGACAACAACAACUGCCUCAAAGACAACAACUACUGCUGCAUCGACAACAACAACUGCUGCACUGACAACAACUACUGCUGCAUCGACAACAACUACUACUGCAUCGACAACAACUGCUGCAUCGACAACAACAACUGCUGCAUCGACAACAACUACUGCUGCAUCGACAACAACAACUGCUGCAUCGACAACAACUACUACUGCAUCGACAACAACUGCUGCACUGACAACUGCUGCACCGGCAACAACAACUGCUGCACCGACAACAACAGCAACUGCUGCACAGACAACAACUGCUGCAUCGACAACAACUACUGCUGCAUCGACAACAACAACUGCUGCACCGACAACAACAACUGCUGCUCAAACAACAACAACUGCUGCACUGACAACAACAAAUGCUGCACCGACAACAACUGCUGCAUCGACAACAACUACUGCUGCAUCGACAACAACUGCUGCACCAACAACAACUACUGCUGCAUCGACAACUACUGCUGCAUCAACAACAACUGCUGCACCGACAACAACUGAUGCACCGACAACAACAACUGAUGCACCGAUAACAACAACUGCUGCAUCGACAACAACUGCUGCACCGACAACAACUACUGCUGUAUUGACAACAACUACUGCUGCAUCGACAACAACAACUGCUGCACCGACAACAACUGCUGCAUCGACAACAACAACUGCUGCACCGACAACAACAACUGCUGCACCGACAACAACUACUGCUGCUGCACCGACAACAGUAACUGCUGCACCGACAACAACUGCUGCACAGACAACAACAACUGCUUCACCGAUAACAACUGCUGCACAGACAACACCAACUGCUGCACAGACAACAAUUACUGCUGCAUCGACUACAACUACUGCUGCACAGACAACAACUUCUGCACAGACAAGUGCGGCCACGACAACAACUGUUGCACCGACAACAAGUGUGGCAUCAACAACAGCAACUGCUGCACCGACAUCUACUACUGCACAGACAAUAACAACUGAUGCACAGACAACAAACCAUGUGCCAUCAACAACUGCUGCACCGACAACAAGUGUGGCAUCGACAACAACAACUGCUGCUCCGACAACAACUGCUGCACAAACAACCAAUCCAAACGCACCGUUGUCAACCACUACACAGUCCACAGCAACCACUGUUCAACCAACAAUCGAAACAACAACAGUCGAAACAGGUGACGCUGAAUUAUCUUUCGACUUACAAACCAUGAUCUCUUUAUUUGUUUCUGUCGCCAUUAUUAUAUAACUUGUUUCGCCCUAUUAUCUUUUAAACAGACAAUUUUACAUUUACUUAGGGUGUGCAGAAACAUUACAUUUCAAUGUGUUAAAGAGUGUACAAAUGCAUUUUUCCACUAUUCGAAGAUAUUUUUUAACUUACACAUAACUAUGUAACUAUAAAAUUGUAUGUAGGUAUGUAUGUAUGUAUCAAGCAUGAAAACGUUAACUCUUUGGGGGAAAAAAUAACGAAUC